GUCUUCCUAAAGUGCUGAGAUUACAGGUGUGAGCUUUAAGUGCUAUCCAAAGCUAUAAAAAGCUAUGUAUUUUUUCUUACCUUUUCCUCACCUUUACUUGGUUUCCCAGAGCAUAUUCAAUGAUCCCAAAUCUCACGCUGCACUCCAUUUCUCUCUCUACCUUCCUUCCAUUCUCUCCCAGUAAAAAAGUGCUAACUACCAAGUGUCUGGCUUGAACAAAAAGUUACAACUCGGAUGUUCCCAAUGUUGGACUGUCAAGCCGAAAGCAUGUGCACAAAGCAGCUGGUACAAGCACCUCAGUCACAUGGCCACCAGUGGGGACUGAGCUGGGCUCAGGAACCUUCCAGGCAACAACUUUGCAGUAUCUUUCUCAGUCUUUCUCCAUUCACAUCCGCGCUUCUGCUGAGCCAUUGUUUAGGUCUCAGAUCCCUUUCACCUUCCACAAAGGAUGCUAUGAAACAGAAAAACCUGCUGCUCAAAUCCCAAAUAAGAAUGGAAAGUGCACAAUAUGACCCAGGAGAUCUCCUUUCCAUUUCUGCUAUGAAGCCAACCUGCAAACAAAGACAUGCUGACUCUUGUAUAACCAUCCAAAGAGGCUGAGGAUUAUCAACUACUGUGAGAUAGUAGUCAAUUGUCACAUGCUGUGCCCCAGAGAUCUUUCUUAACUUGUUUAUUUACAUAGUGGGACGGUUACACAAGACGAGCUGCUUCUCAGAAUCCGGCUAGCAACAAUUCCCUCAGGGAAAGUUAUUAAGGCUGACGGGCCUCGGAGAGCCAGAGUAAGAAGAAUUGAAGCCCCAGUUUAAGUCCUGUUAAACUUUUAAUUUGGAAAUAAUUUAGAAAUAAUUUCUCAUUAUUAGACUAUAAAUGCCCAGCCAGGCUAUGUUUCAGUUUGAGUCAACUAAAUGUAGAAGCAACUUGGUCCUAUACUUUUUUAUAUAAGAAUCUUAUUCAUUCAGCUCCAGGCUCCGAAUUUGAUAACAUGUAUUCUAUGGACUUCUUCUCUUCAUAUCUAACAAUAUUAAAGAAGAAAAACAGGGAAAAAUUAUAAUGACUCCCAUAUAUAUAUAUACUCAGAUAUAGCCAAAUGGAAUUACUAGCAGUUUGCUUAAACACACACUCUGGUUCGGGGUCCGCAUACAUAGGCACCUAGAGCCUCUUGCAAAGCCCUCCCCAGCUUCUGCCUAUCAGAAUUCCCCGCCCCCCAUUUAAAAAAGCCUAUCCAAAUGUCUCUUUCUCUGGCUUGCAAUCAUCACCCAGUCAAAAAUAAUAUUGCUCACCUGGCAUUGUGUUUGAGUCGUUUUUGAGAUACCUAUGUGGCCUCAUGUUAGAAGCUUUUGUAUAAUUUCUCAAUGGAUCCUUAGCAGGUUGGUGACAGUAUCUUUGAUAUCUUUGCAACUUCUGCAAUGAUUCUUGUCUUUAAUGAUUCAACGUCUUAAAUGUGAUAGGCACUUUCUAAGUAUUUUGCCUCUAGGUGAUUAAAAAUUGGAGAAGUAGAGAAAUCAAAGAGGAACAGAUGCUUAAUAAGUACCACGUGUGUGCUUUGCCUCUGUGUCUUAUCUGUGAGAGCCCUCCAAUUCCCAACACGUGAGGGUCAGGAGGCUGUGCUGUAUUUACUCCUGGUGUUAAAGCCCUUGAAGUUUAUAAGUUAGUUUUUCACUGGAAAAGUUUUUAUUUGAGUUGUUUCUUGAUAAUGAAGACUGGUAGUUUACACUCAGCUGUUGAUGCUUGUUUGAAGUAUUUUUUUUUAAGAGAUUUAUCAGGUCCAUCUUUCACCUGGCUGCAGCUGCCUUGUAGAAAGCGAAGGCACUUUAACUUUGACAGCCUGAAAAGUUUCCUGCCCGUGGACUUGUUUGUCUCCUACUGUCUUUGCCGUUCCCUCUCUUUUUCUUUUAACUCUUUUAGUGAGGGCUGCUUUUGGGUGCUUCGUCAGCUCUGAGGCACGUCAAAUACGUGUAUUUUGCUUUCAGCAUUGUGUGGGGGAUCCUGGCGGCUGGAACUGCCCCUGGUCCGGGCUUCAGGCUGACUGCGAAAGUUCCUAUUUUCCUCUCCUCCUCUCAUUGGCUCCCGUGAUCACAUGAGGGCGGGGGGGUUGGAAUUCUGAGUUGUGGCUUUGGCACUCCUUUUUCUUUUUAAAAAUCGCUGGGUCUGUUGAGCUGUCCUGGGCUGGGUGCCUUGCUCUUUGACUGAGACUGGAGACAGACGGAAACAGCCACAGGCAGACUGAGGUGGCAACAGGAAAUCUGCCGAGAUGUUCAGUCAGGUGCCCAGGACCCCAGCCUCAGGCUGCUACUACCUAAAUUCCAUGACACCUGAGGGCCAGGAGAUGUACUUGCGAUUUGAUCAGACUACGAGACGCUCUCCUUACAGGAUGAGCCGGAUUCUAGCACGCCAUCAGCUAGUGACUAAAAUCCAACAAGAAAUUGAGGCAAAAGAAGCAUGUGACUGGCUCCGUGCUGCCGGGUUCCCGCAAUACGCUCAGUUAUACGAGGAUUCACAAUUUCCCAUCAACAUUGUGGCUGUCAAGAAUGAUCAUGAUUUUCUUGAAAAGGACCUUGUAGAACCUCUUUGCAGACGACUAAAUACGUUGAACAAGUGUGCCUCAAUGAAACUUGAUGUGAACUUCCAAAGGAAAAAGGGUGACGACUCCGAUGAGGAAGAUCUUUGUAUCAGCAACAAAUGGACUUUCCAGAGAACCAGUCGCAGGUGGUCUCGUGUGGACGACCUCUACACCCUGCUCCCUCGAGGAGACAGAAAUGGGUCACCCGCAGGCACGGGGAUGAGGAACACGACCAGCAGUGAGAGUGUCCUCACAGACCUGAGCGAGCCUGAGGUCUGCUCCAUUCACAGUGAAAGCAGCGGGGGCAGCGACGGCCGCAGCCAGCCGGGCCAGUGCCGUACCGACAGCCCGGUCAUGCUGGAUGCCCCACUGGUCAGCAGCAGCCUCCCGCAGUCCCCCAGAGACAUCCUCAGCCACCCCUUCCACCCCAAGAAUGAGAAGCCCACCAGGGCCAGGGCCAAAUCAUUUUUGAAACGCAUGGAAACUCUCCGAGGGAAGGGAGCCCAUGGGAGGCAUAAGGGGUCAGGGCGGACAGGUGGCCUGGUGAUCAGCGGGCCCAUGUUGCAGCAGGAGCCAGAGUCCUUUAAGGCCAUGCAGUGCAUCCAGAUUCCAAAUGGAGAUCUCCAGAAUUCGCCGCCACCUGCCUGCAGAAAGGGGCUCCCAUGCUCCGGCAAGUCGAGUGGCGAGAGCAGCCCGUCGGAGCACAGCAACAGCGGGGUGAGCACGCCCUGCCUGAAGGAACGCAAGUGCCACGGGGCCAACAAGCGCGGGGGCAUGUACUUGGAGGACCUGGAUGUGCUGGCAGGGACAGCACUGCAGGAUGCAGGGGACCAAAGCCGUACGCAUGAGUUUCACUCCCAAGAGAACUUGGUGGUGCAUAUUCCCAAGGAUCACAAACCAGGAACAUUCCCCAAGGCGCUUUCUAUUGAAAGCCUCUCUCCCACAGACAGUAGCAAUGGGGUUAACUGGAGGACUGGUAGCAUCUCCCUGGGCAGACAGCAGGUUCCUUGUGCCAGGGAGCCCAGGCUCAUGGCAUCCUGCCACAGAGCUAGCCGAGUCAGUAUCUAUGACAACGUCCCUGACUCCCAUCUGUAUGCCAGCACAGGAGAUCUUUUGGACUUGGAGAAAGAUGACUUCCUCCCUCACUUGGAUGACAUUCUGCAGCAUGUCAACGGGAUCCGGGAGGUAGUGGAUGACUGGUCCAAAGAUGUUUUGCCUGAACUGCAAACUCAUGAUACGUUGGUUGGGGAACCUGGCCUAUCUCCCUUUCUGCCUCCUAAUCAGAUCACCUUAGAUUUUGAAGGUAACUCUGUCUCAGAAGGUCGGACCACACCCAGUGAUGUGGAAAGAGAUGUAACAUCUCUUAAUGAAUCUGAGGCUCCAGGGGUCAGAGACAGGAGGGAUUCUGGUGUAGGGGCCUCUCUGACCAGGCCAAACAGGCGACUCCGAUGGAACAGUUUCCAGCUGUCUCACCAGCCCCGGCCGGCCCCAGCAUCACCCCACAUCAGCAGCCAGACAGCCGGCCAGCUAAGCCUGCUCCAGCGCUUCUCGCUGCUCCGCCUCACGGCCAUCAUGGAGAAGCACUCCAUGUCCAACAAGCACGGCUGGACAUGGUCAGUUCCAAAGUUCAUGAAGAGGAUGAAAGUUCCCGACUACAAAGACAAGGCUGUCUUUGGCGUUCCUCUCAUAGUCCACGUCCAAAGAACGGGACAGCCCCUGCCUCAGAGUAUUCAGCAAGCACUGAGAUAUCUCCGCAGCAACUGCCUCGAUCAGGUGGGUCUUUUUCGCAAGUCGGGGGUGAAGUCUCGAAUCCAUGCCCUACGCCAAAUGAAUGAGAACUUCCCUGAGAACGUCAGCUAUGAAGACCAGUCUGCUUACGAUGUGGCGGAUAUGGUGAAGCAGUUCUUCCGGGACCUCCCUGAGCCUCUUUUCACCAACAAGCUCAGCGAGACCUUCCUCCACAUCUAUCAGUAUGUCCCCAAAGAGCAGCGGCUGCAGGCUGUGCAGGCCACCAUCCUGCUACUGGCCGAUGAGAACAGGGAGGUCCUGCAGACGCUCCUGUGUUUCCUGAACGAUGUCGUCAACUUAGUGGAAGAGAAUCAGAUGACGCCCAUGAACCUGGCAGUGUGUCUGGCCCCCUCCCUCUUUCAUCUUAAUUUAUUGAAGAAAGAAAGCUCUCCACGAGUCAUACAGAAGAAAUAUGCCACCGGGAAGCCAGAUCAAAAGGACCUCAACGAGAAUCUGGCAGCAGCUCAGGGGCUUGCGCACAUGAUCAUGGAAUGCGACAGACUUUUUGAGGUUCCACACGAGUUGGUGGCCCAGUCUCGUAACUCAUAUGUGGAGGCUGAGAUCCACGUGCCAACCCUGAAAGAACUGGGGACACAGCUGGAGGAGAGUGGGGCAACUUUCCACACUUACCUGAACCAUCUCAUCCAGGGCCUCCAGAAAGAAGCCAAGGAGAAGUUCAAGGGAUGGGUCACGUGCACCAGCACCGACAAUACAGACCUUGCUUUCAAAAAGGUAGGUGACGGGAACCCGCUGAAGCUGUGGAAGGCUUCUGUGGAGGUGGAAGCGCCCCCCUCGGUGGUCCUGAACCGUGUGCUGAGAGAACGGCACCUUUGGGAUGAGGACUUUGUGCAGUGGAAGGUUGUGGAGAGUCUAGACCGACAAACAGAAAUCUACCAGUACGUGUUGAACAGCAUGGCCCCUCAUCCUUCCAGAGAUUUCGUGGUUCUCAGGAUGUGGAAGACUGAUCUGCCCAAAGGAACGUGUACCCUGGUGUCCCUCUCUGUGGAGCACGAGGAAGCCCAGCUCCUGGGUGGCGUGCGAGCGGUGGUGAUGGACUCACAGUACUUGAUAGAACCGUGUGGCUCUGGCAAGUCGAGACUCACUCACAUCUGCAGGAUAGACCUGAAAGGUCACUCCCCAGAAUGGUACAGCAAAGGCUUUGGACAUCUGUGUGCAGCAGAAGUUGCCAGGAUUAGAAACUCUUUCCAGCCCCUCAUUGCUGAGGGCCCAGAAACUAAAAUCUGAGUUUUCCCCAGUGUGACAUCCAACUCAGGGAAGAGGAAACUAAAGUAACACGUAUGGUAGAGAGUGUGCACGUGAGCAAGCAAGAGAAAGAGGAACUGACGGAUGUGGUUAAUGCCUAAAAAUGGAAACGUUAAGAAGCUGGAAUGCUGGAGAUGCAAGAAUUUCCAAGAACUUUCCUAGCCUUCCUGGAGAUGGCUACAUCCCUACUAAUAUAAUUUUAAAGUGAGAACAUUUAUCUAUGUUGCUUAAAAUUAAAUGGAUUAUUCCUUGUGCAUUGCCUAAUUUGCUAUUUAAAGGCUUCUAAGAAGCGUAUACUUAACUGUAAAUAAAUGAAUGUAUAGCAUAUGUACAUAUGUGUGUAUAUCUCCAUCUUUACUGUAUAUAUGUAAAAUACCAAUUUUAUAUAGAAUUGUGUGUUUUGAAAAGGAUGGUGUCUGACUCAGUGAGUCCCGUCCUCACAGAGUUCUUUCCAAGUGGCGCUGGGCCCCAUCUCUCUACUGUCCUGUAAGCUGUGCAGAACCUGCUGCUAACACCAAGGUGUGAACAUGCCCUGAUGUCUAACCAAAGAUUAGCUAACCAAAGGAAAAUAACAUUAAAGGGGACUUACGUGUUGAUGCUUUGUUUCUGUUAUUCAAAAACUGAGAGUGGAAUUCUGGGAUGAAGCAGGGAAAGAAUACUCCUCCUCAAAGCAAAGCAGGGGGUGAGAAGUCAUCACCAAGUUUAAGGCUAGAUGAGGAGUUGCCACUCGGCCCAAUGAGAUGCAAUUUCAGUGAGCUACGGACCAGUGGAGUCAGUGAGAAUGACGGAAACAGAAGCAAUACCUCCCACUCCCAUGCCCACCACUACAGACCCCAAGUCAAGAUGAAUACGAUAGCCUUUACUUAUUCACAGCCAAAGGGAGCCCCUGUGUUGUCUCAAGUUUUUAUACAUUCAUUUCAUCAUGUUGUAAGUUGUCGUUCUAUUUGACCAGUGGCCUAUUUGGUCACAGUUAAUUGGUAUUUUCUUAUUGCACUGAAUUCAACUCUGGACACCACAACACGAAGGGAGAGGAUGGCCAUUCCGUUCAAUUCCUAGAUCAUUACAGCUUCAGGGAAUUCAUAUUUUGCUAUGUGUAGGAUGCUCUUAAAAUGUAAUUCAUUAAACUUUUGCAAUCUGAAAGACAGGGUUUUUAACUAACAAACAUAAGACCAAAACUAUGUUCUUUGAUUAGUUUUAGAAAAUAUAAUCUGGUUUAUUAAUUCUUCUCUGUUUCUUCACUAGCCAGUCCAAGCUACCUAUGCAUUUGACCCAACCUUAUUUAUUAUUGUACAGACUAAGCAAAUUGACUCCCCUUAGCCACCUGCUAAUGGAUCUAAUGUGCUUCUUAUUGUAAUUCAGCAGUUCUGGAGAGAAAGGUAACUUAUUGUGUGUUUGAUUUCAGGGAGAGAGAUUUUCUUUGGUCAUUUAUAAUAGAGAUUGAUAUGAUUUAGCAACUUGUGUUGGAGGAAAAAAAAGAAAAGCAAAUGAGUGUUUUCAGGUUCUUUGUAUUAUAUGCAUUUAUAUAAUGUUUGUUUCUGUUAGCAAUGUGCAAUUAUUUUAUUGAGAGGAAUAAAAACGCUUUCUAUGAGUUUGGUAUGGUGCAAGAAAAAUCAUAGAGUUUGAAUUAUGACCUAGAAAUUUUUUAUUCCCAUAUCUACCUAAGAAGGUAACAGCAAAUCCGUAAUUUGCCAUUUGGGCAAUGCUUUGUGAGCAAAACAAAGUCACUUCUGCCAUAACAUCUUAAAUGUAACCAUGUAUGCCAGAUUAUUUUAUAUGCAUUAACAAGCUCUCUAGUGAAGUUUAAUCUAGCUAAACACUGGUCCUGCUCCAAAGACGGGCUCCGAUGUGUUUGCAAAAUGUGAUACGCACACAAGGAUGAGUGGCUUUGGGUCACCCAGAGAGGUGCUUGUCCAGCUUUCACAUGCACAUGAAUUGCCUGGGGAUCUAGUGAAACUGCAGACUCUGCUCCAGGUAAUCUGGGCUGGCCUGAGAUUCUGCAUUUGUAAGGAGUCUCAGGGAUGCCUGUGCUGCUGGCCUAAAACCACACUCAGAAACAAGGACCUAGAAGAUCCCUAAAAUAGAAUAAAAACAAAUGUGAUUGUAUUUCUGACUCUCCCUCUCUUCAAAUUACCUUUUUGGUUUUUGUGCACAAAGUAAUCACACCACCGCUGCAUAACAACACGGUGCAUCUUUUUAAAAAAAAGGAAAAGGGAAAGAAAGGAGAAAAAAACAAUGCAUCAAGCUUAUUUGUCAAAUACCACAGUAUUUUAUUCAUUGUUAUCUUGCCAAUGGAAAUAAAGUAUGAUAUUGCAUUUAAAUAUUAUAUUUAUACCUCAUGUAUAUUUUUACCUCAAUUGUUGGCAUCAAUCAUCAAUUGUAAAUAAAUAAUUGCCAGGGCAAAUAAAUUUAUAUAUAUUAAA